ACCGGGCGCGCCUUCCUCGCCGCGACACACAGAAUUGAUUGCCUGAAGAAAUGGAUACUUCUCCCUCCAAAAAAUAUCCAGUUAAAAAACGGGUGAAAAUACACCCAAACACGGUGAUGGUGAAAUAUACUUCUCAUUAUCCUCAGCCUGGGGAUGAUGGAUAUGAAGAAAUCAAUGAAGACUAUGGAAAUUUUAUGGAAGAAAAUCCAAAGAAAGGCCUGCUGAGUGAAAUGAAAAGAAAAGGAAGAACUUUCUUUGGAACCAUGGAUACUCAACAUCCACCAACAGAAGACCCAAUGACCAAUGAAAUUGGACAAUUCCAAAGCUUUGCAGAAAAAAAUAUUUUUCAAUCCAGAAAAAUGUGGAUAGUGCUGUUUGGAUCUGCUUUGGCUCAUGGAUGUGUAGCUCUUAUCACUAGGCUUGUUUCUGAUCGUUCCAAAGUUCCAUCUCUAGAACUGAUUUUUAUCCGUUCUGUUUUGCAGGUCUUAUCUGUGUUAGUUGUGUGUUACUACCAGGAAGCCCCCUUUGGACCCAGUGGAUACAGAUUGCGACUCUUCUUUUAUGGUGUAUGCAAUGUCAUCUCUAUCACCUGUGCUUAUACAUCAUUUUCAAUAGUUCCUCCCAGCAAUGGGACCACUAUGUGGAGAGCCACAACCACAGUCUUCAGUGCCAUUUUGGCUUUUUUACUUGUAGAUGAGAAAAUGGCUUAUGUUGACACGGCUACAGUUGUUUGCAGCAUCUUAGGUGUUUGUCUUGUCAUGAUCCCCAACAUUGUUGAUGAAGAUAAUUCUUUGUUAAAUGCCUGGAAAGAAGCCUUUGGGUACACUAUGACCGUGAUGGCUGGACUGACCACUGCUCUUUCCAUGAUAGUAUACAGAUCCAUUAAGGAGAAGAUCAGCAUGUGGACUGCACUGUUUACCUUUGGUUGGACUGGGACAGUCUGGGGAGUAUCUACUAUGUUCGUUCUUCAAGAACCCAUCAUCCCAUUAGAUGGAGAAACCUGGAGUUAUCUCAUUGCUAUAUGCAUUUGUUCUACUGCAGCCUUCUUAGGAGUUUAUUAUGCCUUGGACAAAUUCCAUCCAGCUUUGGUCAGCACCGUGCAACAUCUGGAGAUUGUGGUAGCCAUGGUGUUGCAGCUUCUAGUGUUACAUAUAUUCCCUAGUGUCUAUGAUGUCUUUGGAGGGGUAAUCAUUAUGAUUAGUGUUUUUGUCCUUGCUGGCUAUAAACUUUACUGGAGGAAUUUAAGAAGGCAGGAUUAUCAGGAAAUACUAGACUCUCCCAUUAAAUGA